AUGCCCGCCUUAUGUCAUUGCGAUUAUGGACAUCAAAGUGAACAGCGCAUACGGCGGGCGGAGAGUGCGAUGAAAAACAAGUCUUGUCCCAGCGAAUCUCCUGUUACCAGUCUUUCGGGAACCAAGAAACAGGGCGGACAGGGACAGGCAACUAAGGAAAUGACGUCACUUGUCAGGCAGGAGCACCAGCACGUUUUCAACAUAGGUUUCCCCAAAUUCUUCAUCAAGAGACUAUUUGGCAGUGCCACUCAUACCUCACUGGAUGCCCUUCCUAAUCGAUCAUUUGAACCAUGUGACUACACUUACGACAUCUGUUUGACCUCUCAGGGCGAUAUGUCUUUUUCUCGCCGUGAGAUCGUGAUUGAGCCAGCAGUCGUAGCGCAGGGUCCCUUCCAUGGGAUAAAUAGAAAUAAGGAUCUGAAUAAAAACACUGUCAAGGAAGCCAACGGAAACCACAUCUCGGGAAAUGGCCCUCAGCCCCGACACGGAGCGCUAGAGGUUUUAUCUAUGACGUGGGUGAUCCUCGGCCACCAAUACGUCUUCGAUACACUCUUCAGCGUCAACCUGCAACACCUCCAGAAGUGGACCAACAGCCUGGUCUUCCAAGUGAUUGCUAACGCGUCUUUGAGCACGGAUUCCUUCUUCUUCCUGUCGGGGCUGCUGGUGACCUACGGCGUCCUGAAGGAGAUCAAGAGGACGGGCAGAGUUGAUAUCAUUAUGUAUUAUGUGCAUAGGAUUAUCAGAUUAACGCCACCCAUAGCUGUCGUCACGCUCUUUCUAGGGACACUGUUCAGGUUUCUCGCCUUCGGGCCAAUGGCGUAUUACGUGACUUCGAUGUAUACAAUCUGCUCUAACAAAUGGUGGUUUGAUGUCCUCUAUGUCAAUAAUUUCCUCGCCUUUAAUGAGACCACCAAUCAAAUAACUGAUUGCCUCGGCCAAUGCUGGUACACCGCCGCGGACACUCAGAUGUACCUUGUGGCUCCCCUCGUCCUGUUUCCCCUCGCCUACUCCCCUGCAAAAGGAAAGAUUCUUUUGUACGUGGUAACUUUAGCGUCAGUCGCAAUCCCUGCGGCGGUUAUCUCUGCCAAUGAUUUCCCACCUGGGUCGCUAAUAGGAGGUGAUGAAAACGUUGACAACGCGGGUUACCAAAAACUCGUGUACUACAAGCCGUGGUGCCGCAUGAGCGCCUACGUCGUAGGUAUCUGGGCCGGCUACAUCAUCUUUAAACAGGACUCAAAGAAACUCCACCUCUCGCCUAUGCAAGUGGUGUCGGGGUGGACAGUGGCCACAUUCUCGGCCUUGGCAGCGCUGCUCGGCAUGUGGAGUUACAACCAACUGUCAGUCGAGUUUGACUUCGACCCUAUGACCCAGGUCUUGUACGGCGGUCUCCACAGGGGCGUCUGGUGCGCGUCCCUGGCUUGGGUCGUGGUGGCUUGUCACUGUGGAUACGGAGGUGUGGUGAACGACUUCCUGUCUCAUCCCACGUGGCAGCCUCUCUCUCGCCUUACGUACAGCAUCUACCUCGUCGCUCUCCCUUUGCAACUUCUGGCAACAUUCAAUCUUAAGGAGCUCGUUUACUUCUCGCACAUAGACAAGAUCAUCCACGCGUUGGGCGCCGUCUUCAUCUCGAUCGUGGCGGCCGUGUUGCUGUCCCUCACAGCCGAAGCUCCGAUCCUGGGUCUGGAGAAACUCAUUUUUAGAAGACCUGGUCGAGGGGAAGACAAACCCAAACCCACCUCUCCAGAAGGCAAUAAGGGUCAUGAUAACCUCGCUUUCUCCAACGAAAUGACCGAGAAAGUCGAUGUCGAGGAAGAAAAUGUCAUAAUAGAAGGCGUGCCAUCGACCCUUCGAGAGGACGCAGUAACCCAAUUUUAGGUCUUUUCGCUGAGUUAUUAUCUUCAGUUGGGGUCUCUGUCUCUGUCUCUGUCUGUCUGUCUGUCUGUCUCUGUCUCUCUAUCUCUCUGUCUCUAUCUCUGUCUGUCUGUCUGUCUGCCUGUCUCUCUCUCUCUCUCUCUCUCUCUCUGUCUCUGUCUCUCUCUUUCAUUCUCUCUCUCUCUCUCUCUCC